AUGGUGACCCUCGAGGAGGUGUCUGGGAGCUUGCUCCAAAAACCAUCCGACACACCCCUCUCCAUGCCGCCGCGCGACGAGUCCUCCUACAAGCCCCUCGCGACCUUUGCCCUCGACAAGCAGCGCUCCUACAAGCAGCAGUACGGCGACAUGUACUUUCUGCGCCUCACCAAGAUCAAGCCCGUCGUCGAGCAGGUCGCGGCGGCCGCCUGGGCCGGCACCACCAUUGGCGGCGAGACGGCCGGCAAGGUGGACCGCGUGCUGGACGUGCGCCAGGGCGAGCUCUGCUGGGUCGCGGGCACCGUCUACAUGGACAUGGCGCUCAAGCCCAACAUUCUCGAAGACGUGUCCAAGGAUCGCUGGCUGUCCGCGCCCAUCUCGACGCAAAAGUACUACUCGGACGACGGCACCGACCAGGUCACCCUCGAAGACGACUCGGGCCGCGUCCGGCUCGUUGGCGACGUGCUCAAGACGGUCCCGCUCGUGACGGGCUGCAUCAUUGCCGUCAUGGGCACCGAGAACACGAGCGGCGAGUUUGAGGUGCUGGACCUCAAGUUCCCCGACCUGCCGCCGCAGCCCGCGCGCUGGGCUCUCGGGACCGCAGACGGCACGCACAAGCAGCAAGACACGGAAAUGACAGACAGCGGCGGCGGCAGCGACGCGCCGAGCACCAACCACAAGCAAAUCGCCAUUGUGUCUGGCCUGUCGUUUUCCGGCGCCGACGCCUCGUGCGCCGUCGAGGUCGACCUGCUCCUCGAGUACCUCCUCGGCGAGAGCCUCAGCCCGGACGCGCAGUCGCAGGCGUCCCGCAUCAGCCGGUUCAUCAUUGCCGGCGACUCCAUCAGCGCCGCCGCCGCCGCAGCCCCCGACGACGACAACGACGACACAAAGGCAGCAGCAGCAGCAGGGCCGUCGUCGAGCAAAAAGUACGGCUACGACGCGAGCACCUACAACGCGCUGCCGUCGCAGCUCUUUGACGAGUUCGUCAGCGCGCUGCUGCCGUCGCUGCCCGUCACGCUGCUGCCCGGCGCGCGCGACCCGGCCAAUGCCAGCUACCCGCAGCAGCCGCUGCACACGGCGCUGUUUCCGUCGGCGCGGGCGUUUGGCGCGGAUCCGAGCGCCGGCGCGGCGGCUGCGCCGGGGUGGUUCGACAGCGUGACGAAUCCCUGGGAGGCCGAGGUCGAGGGAUGGCGCGUGCUCGGCACCGGCGGGCAAAACGUGGACGACGUCUUCAAGUACGUCGACAGCGACGACAGGCUGGGCAUGAUGGAGGCCAUGUGCCGGUGGCGGUGCUGCGCGCCGACUGCGCCGGAUACGCUGUGGAGCUACCCCUUUCAGGACGACGACCCGUUUGUGCUCAACGCCUGCCCGCACCUGUACUUUGUCGGCAACCAGCCCGCGUUUGGCACGCGUCUGAUUCACGGGCCCGACGGGCAGAGCGUGCGCCUCGUCGCGGUGCCGUCGUUUGCGGUGUCCAAGGAGAUUGUGCUGGUGGACAUGGAGACGCUCGACGUGACCAAGGUCAAGAUUGAGACGUCGUAG